UAUUGAAGUCUUAAAAAAAAAUCUAUUACCAGACUUUUUAUUGUGAUCGUUGAAAUACCAGGCUUUGGGCCAGGUAACGUUUUACGGUGUCGGAUUGUCAAAUUCCUUCACUUAAACCGUGUAGACGAUAUACUUGGUUCCAUCUUUUGCUUCGUGGUCAGAAAAUUACAACAAAUGAUUUGAUUCCGGCGAAAUCAUUUUAAAAACACAACACAGGUUCGGAGAGCAACUAGAACAGAUUUCUUAACAAAUGACAAGGUACAAUACUGACCAAGGAGCGAUGGACCAGCAAUUCUGUCUGCGCUGGAACAAUCAUCCUACAAAUUUAACUGGUGUGCUUACCUCCUUGUUACAAAGGGAGGCACUUUGCGAUGUAACUCUUGCAUGUGAAGGUGAAACAGUAAAGGCACAUCAAACUAUCCUGUCAGCAUGCAGCCCAUAUUUUGAAACAAUUUUCCUGCAAAAUCAUCAUCCACAUCCUAUAAUCUAUUUAAAAGAUGUAAGAUACUCCGAAAUGCGUUCCCUGCUCGAUUUCAUGUACAGGGGCGAGGUAAAUGUCGGCCAAAGCUCAUUACCGAUGUUUUUGAAAACAGCUGAAAGCCUACAGGUGCGCGGUCUGACAGAUAAUAAUAACUUAAAUUAUCGCGCUGACUGCGACAAACAACGCGACUCAACAACAUCCUCACCAACUGGACGCUACGCAAAUAUCAACGAACGCGAAUCACGUGAACGCGACUCAUUACGCGGUCGAGAUUUGCGUGAUGAACUACACUCACAUCGCAGUAGUAGCAGUUUGAGUGAACGUAGUGUAGCCGCAGCAGCUGCUGCUGCAGCCGCCGUUGCGGCCGCUGGUAAUAAUGCCAGCUUACAGAAUGCAGCUGCUGUUGCUCUAGGUUUAAGCGAACGAUCUCCAAGUGUUGGCAGUGCAAGUGCCGCUGCAGCCGCCGUUGCUGCAGCCGUUGCAGCUGCUGCCAAUCGUAGCGCUAGCGCUGAUGCAUUAAGCGGUGGCGUUAUUAAUAGUCGCGGUGAUGCUGGCAGUGACCGCGGCAGUGAGCGCGGCAGUGUUGGGGGUGGUAUGAUAGUUGGUGAACGCGGCGAACGUGAAAGGGCUGAUAGCCGUGAUGAACUCAUGCAGUUAGAUUAUAGUACGAAGGACAGAGAUCGUGAUAGGGAAAUGUCUACCACACCAGUGGAGCACAUUAGCAAUAAGAGAAGACGUAAGAACUCAUCCAACUGUGAUAAUUCGUUGACCUCGACACAUAACGCAAAUGUACAGGAUAGGCACUACACUCAGGACUCUCAGGCGUCCUCACACAGCAAUUUUAAAUCGAGUCCCGUGCCAAAAACAGGAAACACAUCUGAAUCUGAAGACGGCGGUGGGCGUCGUGACUCGCCGUUAGCUGGCAGUCAAGUUGGUGGUGGCAUCAUUGGUGGCGGUGGUAAUGUAAGCGCAUUAAUUGGUGGAAUGGGCCUGAAUCAAUCACCUAGUAUUAAACAGGAAUUAAUUGAUGCCCAACAACAGCAACAGCGCGAACAUCAUGUUUCUUUACCACCAGAAUAUUUACCGACGGCUGCAUUGAAAUUACACGCGGAAGAUAUGUCAAAUUUAUUGUCAACCCAUGGCCUACAAACAACCGAUAAUAGAGAGGAACAAAAUGAUACCAAACAAUUACCAUUGGAUCAGUCCGAUAAUAUUGAUGGUAAAGUACAAACCGAUAGUGACGAUUUGCAUGGUGUUGUUGAUAACGAUGAUGUCAGUGAGGAAAUCGAAAUCAAAGCCAACGAUCCCCAAACAGACACGGAAGACGAUGAGGAACAUGAUGAGUUACUCGACAACAACUACAAUUGUCGUUACAAAUGCAAACAAUUAAAUCUGUCCACAAUACGUUGCCAUCAUCUGCAACGCCAGCCAUACUAUACACACGAGCAACAUGCCCACAUGUUGCAUGCACGCAACGGUGAGCUAAGCAACUCACCACCGCGUACUGUAAUCAAUCUAGGACGUUGUAGUACAGCGCCAAUGAGUGUUUCCACACCGAUCACAGCAUUAGAUACACUAUGUGCAGAAGCUGCUGCUGCGGCCGCACUCUCGCCGACAGCAGCGACAAGUGCAACAACAUCCUGCUUACAACAGCAACAUCUAACGUAUGCACUGCAACAGCAACAACAACAACAGCAACAUGCUGCAGCUGCUGCUUAUCAACAUAUGCAACAACACCAACACAAUAGCUAUCAACAUGUUGGUGCAACUUGUUUGACACAAGCACAUCAACAACAUCAACACCAUGCAACACAUCAUACAGCUGUUGUACCAUCCUCCUCCACUUCGUCCACUUCAUCGAAUGCCUCUUCCAGUUCAACCGCUACCAAUAACUCGGCAGCAGCCGCGGCUGCUGCUGCAGCUGCUGCAAACCGUCGCGAUCACAAUAUCGACUACUCGACGCUCUUCGUGCAACUCUCUGGCACGCUACCGACGCUCUAUCGCUGUGUGAGCUGCAACAAAAUCGUAUCGAAUCGUUGGCAUCACGCCAACAUACAUCGUCCGCAGAGUCAUGAGUGUCCUGUGUGCGGCCAAAAGUUUACGCGUCGAGACAAUAUGAAAGCGCAUUGUAAAAUAAAACACGCCGAUAUUAAGGAUCGCUUUUUUAGCCAUUAUGUACAUAUGUGAUCAAUUUUCUAUGUAGUUAAGUAAAAUGCUAGUUCGAAAGCAAGCAAGUACGAAAAUGAAAAUAUCCAAUCAAAAUACCAAAGUUACAAUGCAAAAUACAAAUUUUAUUAAAUUACUUAAAUAUUUCUUCCUCUUCGUAGUAGUUUACAGACAGACACAUACCAAAUGUAGUUAUUAAAAUUAAUUUUAAACAAUAUAUGUAAUAGCAAAUAUGUCUUCUCUCCCCCUCCAUAAGCAAUUUCUUCAACAAUUAACAAAGCGAU